AUGCAAGCUCCAUCACCUCUCUGCCUGCGGGCAAUGCGGCUCCUCAUCCAUCCCAGCCGUAGAUGUUACGCCUCCCUCCCAUCAAAACCCACCUCCACUCCAUCUCCACCACCACCACCGCCGCCUCCCCGAGCCCACGACGCGCCCUCAGCACCCGCUCUCCGCCAAAAAAUCGACACCCAACCCGGCUUUCUCAAACGAAGUCAAGGCGACGAUGACUUUAUCCCCCAACCUCUCUCCCGCCCCAUCGGCAUGCCCAAUCCCCCCGAAGCCGGUACGAAUCGCGGCCUCGACACCAGGACUCUAUCGCAACGCCGCGACGACUUUGUCAAUUACGACAAGCAUUUGGCCAAACGCUCUCGGAUGACCAAGCAGAUUUCCAAACCUUAUUUUCGCGAUUGGAGUAAUUUGCGCUUUUCCAAGGGCAAAAUCUUCAAAAGUAAUGAGAGGUUGUUCCGCGCUGAUGCGAGUUUGUGGUUUCCUAAUUUCUAUGGGAAGACUUUGGCAAAGGGAUUGGAGAGGAUCGAUCGUAAGGAUGGAUAUCGAGGGUUGGGGAGGGAUACGGUGGAUGCGAUGAAAGGGAAAGUCAGCGUGGUUUCUAUUGUGAGCAGUAUGUGGGCCAAGGCUCAGGUCGAUACUUUCACUUCUCCCCAGCAGAAUCCGGAGUUGCAGGAGGUUAUGCAGAGGAAUAAAGAUGUCGCGCAGAGAGUGUGGAUUAAUAUGGAGGACAACUGGAUCAAGUGGUGGCUACUGCAGACUUUCCGGAAUAAUCUGAGAAAGAGCCUGAGCGAGGAGGAGCAUAGGCGAUAUUUCAUGGUACGGAGAGGGGUCAGCGAUGUCAUGAAAGAGGCCAUUGGAUUGUUGAAUGAUAAGGUCGGGUAUGUCUAUCUUGUGGAUGAAGAUUGCAAGAUUCGAUGGGCGGGAAGUGCGGACGCAGAGGGUGGUGAGAGGGAGCGUAUGGUCAAGUCUUUGCAGAGGUUGAUUCAGGAGGCGAAAUCACCAAAAGAGAAGAGGGCAGAGGUGAAGGAGCAGGCCGAGGAGAUUGUGGACCAAGGCGCCGAGAUGAAGUAG